AUGUCCAGCUGCUGUACCUGCCCCGGCGCCAGCAGUAGUGCAGGCAAUGCCGGUCUGCCCCUGAUUUGCCUCGUGCCCCGCGAUGGAGCCGCGGAAAACAAAUCGGGGCCCCGCCCUACGGCAGCCAAGAUGUCUGCUCAAAGCGACUUUCAACUCCUUGAUGAAGAAUACAUUAAAAAACACUUUAAACUACCCCAGCGGUCUCUCUACUUGGAUCCAUUUAGGCGUCCACUGAUCACGUUCCCUAUGACUCAAGAAGAUGUAAGGCACUUUAAUUUGGCUCGGAAGUACAAGAUCAAUCAGCAAAUCCUCGACGGCUUCCUCGAUCCCAGCGAAGCUAUCACUGCUCCUAGUGUAUUUCCUUAUGCCAAGACGGAGGCUGAGAAGAGAAAAGAAGCUGAAGAAGAUGAGGAAAUCAUAUACAUCUUACAAUUGCCUGACUGGGAGUUUAAAUGUCCGGUGCACAACCAGUCUGUACGAACGCCAAGGUUCAUUUGGCAUUCAUGUAAAAAGACAAAAGGUAAAAGCGGGGAAUUAAAACAAGGUGGCGGACCAUUGAAUAAACCGAAGCCCUGGUUACUCAGCAGACAUACAGAUUUCGAUUUACUCUCACAAUGGUAG